AUGAGCGGCGCGCCGCCGAAGAAGAAGCCCUUCGCCUUCACGUCGGGCCCCGGCGGCGCGCCGCUGCCGCCGCCGGCGGCCGCGGCGCCGGUGCUCCCGAGCGCGCAGCGCGCCGGGUCGCAGCGGGCGCGCGCGCUGCUGUCGAACGCGCAGCUGCUCGCGUCGCGGGCGCCGCCGCCCAAGGAGCCGAAGAAGCCGCCGCCGCCGCGGCGCGCGGCGCGCGCGAGGCGGCCGCCGCACCCGUCGCUGUUGAGCCGCGAGGCGCUCGGCGCGACGAAGGAGGCCGCCGCCGCCGCCGUGGCCCGCGCCGCCGCCGCGGCGCCGGGCGGCGACGCGCCGCGGGAGACGGAGGACGAGGCGCGCGCGUGGCGCGCGGCCGAGGCCGUCGCGGGCCCGGAGCCGCGGCGCAUGCCGGGCUUCUACGGCGGCGACGCGCGGCGCGAGGCGUCGGACCUCGCUCGGGGCCGCUGCGCGGCCGAGGGCCCGCGGCUCGGCGACCGGCUGCUGGAGACGCUGCGGCCGCACCAGGUCGAGGGCGUGAGCUGGGUCUGCGCGCGGCUCUGGCAGAACCAGGGCUGCGUGCUCGCGGACGAGAUGGGCCUCGGCAAGACGGCGACGGUGCUGGCGUCCCUCGGCGUGCUCAUGGGCGUCGACGGCGCCGCGGCCCUCGAGACGGAACGGAGCUUCCGCGCGGUGAUCGCGUGCCCGGCGGGCGUCGCGCACACGUGGCUGGCGGAAGCGAAGAAGUGGCUCCGCCCCACGGAGCGCUGCGCCGCGCGGGCCCAGGCCGGCGGGUCGCCCCACUGCUGCUUCUUCGCCGACGCCGACGCCGCGGAGCUGCGGGCCUUCAAAAGGCGGAAGCGCGUCGCCCGGGCCGUCGACGCGCGCGAGCGGAAAAAGUACGGCGACGCGGCGCGCGACGACUGGGACGCGGACCCCGACGACGCCGUCGCGCGCUUCGCCCGCGCGCCCCUGUCCUCCAAGCCCGUGCUCGUCAUCUCCUACGAGAGCUACCGCGCGAAGGCCGCCGCGGUCAACGCGAUCAAGGACGUCGGCCUGCUGGUCUGCGACGAGGCGCACCGCCUCAAGGGCGGCGACGACCGCGUCGAGGCCGCCGCGGCCAUCGGCGACUCGCCCGCGCGGAAGAAGCUCUUCGUCACCGCGACGCCCGUGCAGAACGGCGUGCCCGAGCUCGAGAAUCUGCUGCGGCUCGCGGGCGCGCUCGGCCCGGCGUCGGGCGACGCGGCGGCCGACGCCCGGGCCCUGCGGUCGGCGCUGUCGGCGCGGACGCUGCGCCGGGGCGUCGAGGACGCGCCCGCGCUCCUGGGCUCGCUGCCGCGGCGGCGCGACGCGCUCGUCUUCGUCGAUGCCACGCCGACGCAGCGCGCGCUCUUCGCGGCCCGGGCGACGAAGGCCCAGGGGCUGCGGGCCCUCACGGCGGCGAAGCAUCUGUGCUCGUCCGUCAAGGCCCUGGACCCCGCGCUCGACGACGGCGGCGACACCGUCGGCAAGUGGGCGUUCGCGGAGCGGCUGCUCGACUCGAUGCGCGCGAACGACGCGCGGGAGAAGGUCGUGCUCGUGUCCCAGUUCGCCGCGACGCUCGACGCGGGCGCGGCCCUCGCGGCGCGGCGGGGCUGGGGCUGCGCGCGCGUCGACGGCGCGACGGCGCUCGACGCGCGGCGCGACGCGGCCGCCGCGCUCAACGACCCGGACGGCGGCGUCUUCCUGCUGCUGCUGGCGCUCAAGGCCGGCGGCGUGGGCCUCACGCUCACGGGCGCGUCGCGCCUCAUCCUCUUCGAGCCGUCGUGGAACCCGGCCGACGACGACCAGGCGGCCGCGCGCGUCUGGCGCGACGGCCAGACGCGGCCGACGUUCAUCUACACGCUCGCGACGGCCCACUCCCUCGAGGAGCACGUGCUCAAGCGCCAGGCGGCGAAGCGCAACCUCGCGGGCCGCGUGCGCCACGCGCAGCGCGAGGUCGCGCUCCUGGACCUCGCGGAGAUGGAGGCCCGGUUCGACGCGGACCGCGACGCGCGCGACGACCUCGCGACGCUCCUCGCGCUCGGCACGUCGUCGCCGGACGCGCCCUGCGCGCUCUUCGCGCCGGGCGGGCCGCCGGAGUACCGCGGCGACGCGCCGCUCGCGGCCGCCGCGGCCGCCGCGGUCCAGGUGGACCACCUGCCCGACCGGUUCGCGCCCGCGUAA